AGCGAAGGCUGGAGCCCUGCCAGCUCGCAGAGCCCUGUGGCUGUGUGUCGGUGCGCCUGUGCGCUGCGCUGCUGCCGCUGCUGCUGCAGGGGGAGCAUCCGUCCAUCCACAGCGAGCUGCUGUGUGUUGCGAUGCGCUGCGACCGCAUCUCCUCCUCUCUCCCUUUAUCCAGAUUCACUUCCACCAGACCGCCUUGGAUCGGAUCCGUUAGAGCAAGAGAGAGCUAUGAGCAGGACGGCGGAGAAACGUUUCGUUGCGCGUCUUUACUGAGAUGGAGCCAGAGCUCAUGUGUUUACCCCACUGUCUGCUUGGUUUCUGGAGAUGCUGGUCUCAACAAAGAUUAAUCCUUUACUAACUGGAUCGAGCCAGUGAGACAGGUUAUACUAUGCGGUCCCUGAGGAAGACAGCGCUGCUCGCCAUUCUGGUGUCUGUGGUGGUUGUACUGGCUCUUCUACACUCAUGGCCCACUCGGUCGUACAACACAGUGGAUGUGUGGCAGCGGCUGGGUCCAACAGUGGAAAGACAUCUGGAGGAGAGGCUUCCAGAACCAGACCACCAGUUAAGCAGCAUUCCCUAUCGUGUAAGGGAAAGUGUGGCAAGCUUGCUGGCACGUAAUGGAUGCGUUUGUGAGGGUGAGACUCCUGGAGUGAACCUGCCGUUCUCCCAGCUCCUGUUCCCGCGGGUGUCAGCACACCCUCUGCACACUGCCUUUGAUGCCUCUGAGCUGGAGGAAAUGAAGAUGAGACGGGCUAAAGAGUAUAGAAGCUUCCAGGAGAGGUCCAAAACUGCAGCAGACAUACUCAUCAUCGCAGAGGCCAACAAUCCACUACAGUAUCCAACACAGGGCCUGGAAGUUCGGCCCCUGAAAACUAUCAUUAUCCCAGGUUUGGCCUUACAUGACGUUCCCAGAAACCAUUACACUAUAAACAUCACUGCCAAUCUAGGAACACUAAAUGUAGCAGCAGAAGUGGAGGGAGUGAAAAUAAAAGGUGAUGGAGAGAUGCAUAUGAUGCUGUCUAGCAGUUUGUUACCGAACAUGAACCGACAGCUGCAGUUUGUCACCUACACAAACACGCUGUUUCACCCCAGCACUGCAGACACAGUGCAGUUUGAGACAGAAGGUCAUCAAGCUGUCUUUAGCAUCAAGAUCCGUCAUGCAGUAACUCCAAAACUUUACAACACUGGCUCUAAAGAAGAGUAUAAUAUCAGCGCUCUUGUUACCGUGGCCACAAAAACCUUCCUGCGUUAUGAAAAACUUCAAAACCUUAUCGACAGCAUCAGAAGAUACUACCCUACGGUCACGAUAGUAAUUGCUGACGACAGUGAAAAUCCUAAAACUAUUUCUGGGCCUUAUAUCGAGCACUACAUAAUGCCUUUCGGGAAGGGUUGGUUUGCUGGACGAAACUUGGCUGUUUCACAGGUCACGACAAAAUAUGUGCUCUGGGUGGAUGAUGACUUUUUCUUCACAGCCAGUACCAAGCUGGAGAAGCUUGUGGAUGUUUUAGAGAGGACCACUCUGGAUCUGGUUGGGGGUGCAGUGAGAGAAGCCACAGGGUACACGGCUACCUACAGGCAAACCAUCUCCAUCGAGCCAGGAGAAGAGGAAGGAGACUGUUUGCACAUGAGAAGAGGAUUUCAUCAUGUUAUGGAGGGAUUUCCUAACUGUGUUGUGACAGACGGGGUCAUUAAUUUCUUCUUGGCUCGCACGGAUAAAGUCCAGCAGGUCGGCUUUGACCCUCGCCUCGCCAGAGUUGCUCACCUGGAGUUUUUUAUCGACGGCCUUGGAUCUCUCCACGUCGGCUCCUGUGACGACGUCAUUAUCAAUCACGCAACCAAGAUCAAGCUACCAUGGGUCACGCAAUCUGAAAGUGACAAGACGUACGCCAAGUUUCGCUACCCACCGCCCUCCUCUGAUGCCACGCGCACAAAAAACGGCCUCCUGUACUUCAAGAACCGAUUUCAGUGUUUGACUCGUAAUUAGUUUCACAUCCCUCCGAAGGUUGGUCUGUUCUUCCUGAGUUGCCAAAGAUGUUUUCCUCUGCACCCCGCACCAUCAGAUAAGAUUUAUGGCAAACAGUUUGGAUUGUUCUAUUAAAUAACCUUGAUCAGGUUCUAGCAAUGCCUGCCUUUGGAGCAAGCUUUGCCUCUUCUAUUGAACGGUUAAAAGUGGCUCAACAAGUUCUAGUCUGGUAAGACAACAGGAGAAGAUUAAAUUUAAUGUUUAAGUGACAGCAUAUUUAGAUAAAUAUGCUUUGUCAAAUCUUAUCUGGCUACAUAAGCUUGAGCUGGUCAAGAACAGAAGGAAAACCAAACUGGUAGACAGUUUUCGUCUCUUCUUUUCCACCUUGUUUUUCUGUGUGGUAUGUGUUUCCUUGCUUGGAAAACCAAUCACGACAACUGAUGACCUGAAAAGGAGAACUCCUUAUUAAUAUAUAACGCUUCCCAGUAAGAGACAAUCCUGAGCUCACCGGUGCCACAUGAAGAACAUUCAGAUAUACAUGUCUGGCAGCACAAUUUCGAGUGUUUAUUUAUUUAUUUAUUUAUUUUGGUCACAUUUUUUCUACCUCCGUACCUAGAGUCAUUUUUUUGUUUGUUUGUUAAUGCCCCAUCUCA